UGCAAACGGUAAUACUGCACAAGGAAUUUCUAAAGCUCUGGCCGCAAAUAACGUAAUUCUUCCUCAUGAAGAGUUCAGGAAACUUUCUAUUUGUACUCCUCAUGCUGAAAGCAGAAUUUAUAUUACGACAUUGUUUACUUUUCUCGAAAAUAAUAAAGCUGGUCCACAUCGUAAGCUUAAAGAAUCUGUAAUUGAUAGAUUGGAUCCUUUGGCGCGCCCUCUUGCCGAAAUAAUGAACUUAGAGCUUCUACCAUUAAUGGAAUUCGAUCCAUCAGUGUCAACCUGUAAUUUUGGGCGAUUAUACGUUGUUUCUGGUCGGUCAUCUCUCGCACAAUGUAGAGAUGAUAAAAACGCUAUUCUAGUUGUACUCAAAAAUAUCAGAUACACUAGAGGUGAUGAAUUAUUACAAUGUGACGCUCUUAUUGCAAAACCUUUUGGGGACCUACAUUUAUUAGAUAGUAUGCAAUUUCCUGAAUUAGUCGAUGCAAGAGCAUGGGUUAAAUGUGCAUUUAUAAAUCGAGUAACACUUGAUCUUAAAAUUACGCGAAAAUUCUAUGAUAAAUGUGUAAAAUCUACUUUUCAAGUU